AGAGAGAGACUGAGAGAUCAUCGGGAACCAUGGCUGAAGAGAGCAGCUUCGAUGGUUCCGAGAAAGAAGAGAUCGCUAGCUCAGGUAACGGUCUCGGAGAUUUCGCAUCGAUGGACUCUAUCGAAUCUCGUUGGGUCACACAAGACGAUGAAGAUUCGGAUCACAACAUAGACGAUGACGACGAUGACGAAUUCUACGGAACCGGACUUGAAUCAGAGGACGAGGAGAUAUCAGAGCACCACCGUCUGAUCCGUACCGGUCGUCGUGUUGACUCCUUCGACGUGGAAGCUCUCGAAGUUCCCGGCGUUUCAAGGAACGAUUACGAGGAUUUGACGGUGGGGAGGAGAGUGAUGCUUGCGUUUCAGACCCUUGGGGUUGUAUUUGGAGAUGUAGGGACAAGUCCUUUGUAUACGUUUAGUGUGAUGUUUAGUAAAUCACCUGUGAGAGAGAAAGAAGAUGUUAUUGGAGCGUUGUCAUUAGUGAUAUACACUUUGCUUUUGAUUCCUCUUGUUAAGUAUGUUCUUGUUGUUCUAUGGGCUAAUGAUGAUGGUGAAGGUGGGACGUUUGCGUUGUAUUCGUUGAUCUCUCGUCAUGCGAAGAUUAGUCUUAUUCCUAAUCAACUUCGAUCGGAUACUCGGAUUUCGAGUUUUAGAUUGAAGGUGCCUUGCCCUGAGCUUGAGAGAUCACUGAAUCUGAAAGAAAAGCUUGAGAAUUCGUUGAUUCUGAAGAAACUUCUCCUCGUGCUUGUUCUUGCUGGAACGGCCAUGGUGAUUGCUGAUGGGGUUGUUACUCCUGCAAUGUCAGUGAUGUCAGCUGUUGGUGGACUUAAGGUUGGAGUUGAAGCAGUUGAGCAAGAUCAAGUGGUGAUGAUUUCAGUUGCAUUUCUGGUGAUCCUGUUUAGUCUGCAAAAGUAUGGGACGAGUAAGAUGGGACUAGUAGUAGGCCCCGCCUUACUUAUAUGGUUCUGUUGUCUUGCUGGUAUUGGAAUUCACAACCUGCUCAAAUACGAUAGGAGUGUUUACAGAGCAUUCAACCCUAUCCACAUCUAUUACUUCUUCAAGAGGAACUCGAUAAACGCUUGGUAUGCACUUGGAGGUUGCAUUCUCUGUGCUACAGGCUCAGAGGCAUUAUUUGCAGACCUUUGCUACUUUUCUGUUCGAUCGGUCCAGCUUACGUUUGUGUGUCUCGUCCUGCCGUGCCUCAUGUUGGGCUAUAUGGGACAAGCUGCGUACCUGAUGGAGAAUCAUGCAGAUGCUAGUCAAGCUUUCUAUUCAUCUAUUCCAGGUGCCGCCUUCUGGCCCGUCCUUUUCGUAGCCAAUGUUGCAGCUCUGAUUGCCAGUCGCACAAUGACGACAGCAACAUUUUCAUGUAUUAAACAGUCAACAGCUCUUGGCUGCUUCCCUCGUCUCAAAAUCAUCCACACGUCUCGGAAAUUUAUGGGUCAAAUUUAUAUACCUGUCCUUAACUGGUUCCUGCUUGCCGUUUGUCUGGUCGUUGUCUGCUCAAUCUCAAGUAUCAACGAGAUCGGAAAUGCAUAUGGGAUGGCUGAGCUCGGAGUGAUGAUGACCACGACAAUCCUAGUGACUUUAAUCAUGCUUCUUAUAUGGCAGAUCAACAUCCUAAUCGUCCUCGCCUUUCUAAUAGUUUUUCUUGGAGUGGAACUAAUCUUUUUCUCGUCAGUUAUAGCGAGUGUUGGGGAUGGAAGCUGGAUAAUAUUGGUUUUUGCCGUAAUCAUGUUUGGUAUAAUGUAUGUUUGGAACUAUGGAAGUAAGAUCAGGUAUGAAACAGAAGUCGAACAAAAGAUGUCAAUGGAUUUGAUGAGAGAACUUGGGAGCAAUCUGGGAACAAUUAGAGCUCCUGGUAUCGGUUUGUUGUACAAUGAGUUAGUGAAGGGAGUACCAGCAAUAUUUGGCCAUUUUCUGACCACACUCCCUGCAAUCCACUCCAUGGUCAUUUUUGUUUGCAUUAAAUACGUCCCGGUUCCACUUGUACCCCAGAAUGAGAGGUUCCUCUUCAGACGCGUCUGCACCAAAAGUUACCAUUUGUUCCGUUGCAUUGCCAGGUAUGGUUACAAGGAUAUAAGAAAGGAGAACCACCAAGCCUUUGAGCAGCUACUAAUCGAGAGCCUCGAGAAGUUUAUCCGGAGAGAAGCUCAAGAGCGUUCCCUGGAGAGUGACGGGCACAAUGAUUCCGACUCAGAGGAAGAUUUCUCAAAUUCUACACUUGUUAUGGGCCCCAACGGAAGCAUGUACUCAAUGGGCGUUCCUCUUCUCUCUGAGUACAGAGACUUAAACAAACCGAUCACGGAAUUGAACACUUCAUCUAACCACAAUCCCUUUGACACAUCCUCUGAGUCCUCUGUAUCUGAAGCAGAGCAAAGCCUGGAGAGAGAGCUAUCGUUCAUACACAAAGCGAAAGAAUCAGGGGUCGUGUAUCUGCUUGGACAUGGUGAUAUAAGAGCAAGAAAAGAUUCAUGGUUCGUCAAGAAGUUGGUCAUAAACUACUUCUACGCAUUCCUGAGGAAAAAUUGCAGAAGAGGGACGGCUAAUUUGAGUGUGCCUCAGUCACAUCUGAUGAAAGUUGACAUGACAUAUAUGGUCUGAGCCUUCUUCCUUCGUUUUUUGUCCAUAGAUUUAACAUUUGUAAGCUUCGUCUAUGUUUCUGCAUUGUCUGUCAAGAGUCUCGAGUCUUUUGACUACUAGAAUCUAUAGAGCAUCUAGUAGAGGAAACAGGAAAUUUCAUGAUUUGUGAUAUCUGGGUCUUUUUGGCAUUUCUGUUUUCAUUACGGUGCUUUAUGCAAUUAUAAUUUCCCGCGGGUCCAUUACUGUAAUUUCGUAAAUUAUACGUACGGACAAUAAAACAGCUGUUCUUUCGUUUUCCGACAAAUAACAGAAACAACAGCUGUUUUUUUCUC